AUGCCUAUGAGGGUGAAUCAGGGCCGGUAUCCUUGCGUUUCGGAGCGGAGGAAAGCCAAGGAGCCAUCCACGAGGUACCUGGAAGAUACCCUGUAUCCAGCUUUGGUACGUUGGGCCGUUCAGGUAUCUGAGCCUUGCUGCUUCGGCAUCCUGACUGCCUUCAAAGCAUUGGCGCGCAAGCCUCAGGACCUAGACCCUGUAUCAAAAUAG